CUGUGAGGCUGACAACACUGUAUAUGAGCCAGUGAUGAAAAACAACACGCUCAGAGACCCAUACUCCUUUGCUUUCAUUUCCUAUCAUUAGAUCCUGCUUGGAGUUCACACUGUUGAAAAACAGCUUAUUGCAGAUAGUGAUUUUCCACAGCCAUUAAAUUCAUCACUGACCUCCCAAGUCUAAACCAUCAUGAACCUUCCAACAAUCAAUUCUCCGAGGACAGAGAGCUACAUCCCUCCGUACGGGAGCAUGUUGCUGCAGGAGUUUUAGUGCGAGUGUGAGAGUGUUGCUGUGUCCAAAACCGGCACCCACGAGCCCUGACUUCUUGGCUCUGCUUGCACCUCGAGCUGCUGGGACACCAGACCUCUCACUCGGGGGGGGGGGGGCAGAUGAGAUCUCCAUCACCAUCUCCUCCUGUCAUCAUUAUCAACACACACCCUUAACCCCCCCGCCCCCACCCAACCCCUCCCUCUUCCUCCUCUCGCUUUCUGAGGUGUCUGGUGACUCUGGCCCCUGUUAUCUUGCCCCUCCCUUCAUUGUGGAGGAGAGGGAGAGAGAGGGAGAAAGAGAGAGGCUGCAGCCCACUACCACCAUGUCCCCAGAGGCCCCUUGCCUGCCUGCCUGCCUGCCUGCCUGCCCCUCCUGCUGCUCAGUACAGCUGUGGCUCAGUCCCAGACCCUGACCAGCUGGGAUCUCAACCCUGCCAGGGAGCCACUAGAAGAGUGUGUGAAAGCACCUCUCUGCGCUCACUCUUCAUUAAGUGAACCACACAGACACUAACUCCAACUACAGCUGCCAAACCUCUGCACUGCUGCUGAGAACAUCCUCUUUUCAGCAUGGCUGUGGCACCCCGGGCCCUGACGCUUCUCCUGCCCCUGGUGCUCGCCCUGCUCAGCCUGGCCCCGGCGCCCACCUUCGGAGGUUGCCCGUCGGCUUGCCGGUGCUCAUUCGUCAUGUUGCAAUGUCUGGAGCCAGAUGGUAUCACCGGCGUCCCGAUUCUGGCAGCGCAAGAGAGCGAUAACGUGACAGAGAUUUACAUAGAAAACCAAGUAGGCCUGGAGAAUAUAACAGAGUUUGAUCUUGUGAACUACCGCGAGCUGAAGAACCUCACGGUUACAUCAUGUAAGCUGAGGCUCAUCUCUGCCAACGCCUUCCAAUACAACCUCAAGCUCCAGUAUGUGAACCUGGCAUCCAACUCACUGGAACACAUCUCCUGGAGGGUCUUUCACUUUCUACCUUUACUCAACCUGGUUUUGAGGGACAACCCUCUCGUUUGUUCGUGUGAUCUCUACUGGUUGCAGCAGUGGCAGCGAAAUGACCGUGGCGACCUGGACAACCAAAUGUUGUCUUGUUUCACUCACUACGAAGAAAAACCUCUCAGCACUUUGGUGAUUGACAACUGCAGUCUGCCUGAGGUGAGAAUCAACUUCUCCAAAUACAAGAUUCAAGAAGGAGGCAACCUGACAUUCGAGUGUCAGGUGACAGGAAGUCCCACUCCCAGUGUGAGAUGGCGAACUGAUAAGCUCAGCUCUCCCUCCCUUACCCAGGAGAGAAUCUGGGGCUCCACAUUAGAGCUGGUCCUUUACCUCACUAACGUUUCCUACAAAGACAACCUGCGCAAUCUCACUUGCGAGGCAGAGAACCAAGCUGGGCCCAGGGAGGACAUGGUGCAACUGGACAUUGAGUUUCCAGUCAAAAUCGUCUUCCUGAGAGACGCCGUGCAGCAGCAUUUCUGGUGUUUCCCCUUUGCCGUGGAUGGCAACCCUGAACCAAGCUUCACCUGGCUGUACAAUGGCAAAUUACUGAAUGAGACUGCCUACACUUACACCCAGUUUAUCCCUGACUCAUCUGACGGAUCGGUGAAACACGGUUGUCUCUUCCUCAACAAGCCCACCCACAUCAACAAUGGCUACUACACUUUGAUCGUGGAGAACAAACUGGGAAGGGAUGAGGCCACUGCCACUGGGAUGUUUAUGGACAACCCCUUCGACCCGCUCGAUCCUGAGGGGAUCAUUCCUGUCCUUGUGGAUCCAAUUCCUACAAACAAAUCAGACAUGGACGUCACAGAGAACCCAGAGAGCCGAGUGUUUGUGGUGUCUGUGGCGGUGGGUCUUGCUGUGUUUGCCUGCACUUUUCUUCUCAUCAUGGUUUUGGUUAUUAACAAGUGUGGCCAGCAUUCCAAGUUCGGCAUACACCGUUCAUCAGUUUUGGGUACAGAGGAUGACCUGGCCGUGUCACUUCGUUUCAUGAACUUUGGAACCAGCCCGCCUUCCUCAGAUGAAGACUCUGGUUUAUCCAGCUUUGUAGAGAAUCCACAGUACUUCUGCGGCAUCAUAAAGGACAAAGACAUGUGUGUCCAGCAUAUUAAACGACAGGACAUUGUGUUGAAGUGGGAGCUGGGUGAAGGAGCGUUUGGCAAAGUCUACCUGGCAGAGUGUGCCAACCUGAGCCCCGACAGCGACAAGAUGCUGGUCGCCAUCAAGACUCUGAAGGACGCCAAUGAGUCGACCCGGCAGGACUUCCAGAGGGAGGCGGAGCUGCUGACGGUGCUCCAACACCAGCACAUUGUGCGAUUCUACGGCGUCUGUACAGAUGGAGAGCCACUGGCCAUGGUGUUCGAAUACAUGCGGCACGGAGACCUCAACCGCUUUCUUCGAGCUCACGGCCCCGAUGCUCGUAUCCUGGAGGAAUCGAAGAUGCCGCCGCUGGGUCAGCUAACUCUGCCGCAGAUGCUGCACAUCGCCGCCCAGAUCGCCUCGGGCAUGGUCUACCUGGCAUCGUUGCACUUUGUCCACCGCGACCUGGCAACCCGCAACUGUCUGGUGGGAGAGGGGCUGGUGGUGAAAAUCGGAGACUUUGGCAUGUCACGAGACAUCUACAGCACAGACUACUACCGGGUGGGUGGACGUACCAUGCUGCCGAUCCGCUGGAUGCCCCCGGAGAGCAUCAUGUACAGGAAGUUCACCACGGAGAGCGACAUCUGGAGCUUCGGCGUGGUCCUCUGGGAGAUCUUCACCUACGGCAAACAGCCCUGGUACCAGCUGUCCAACAGUGAGGCCAUCGAAUGCAUCACGCAGGGACGGGAACUGGAGCGGCCACGCACCUGCCCCAAGGAGGUGUACCUGCUGAUGCAGGGCUGCUGGCAGAGAGAGCCCCAGCAGAGGAUGGUCAUCAAGGACAUCCACAGCCGCCUGCUGGCCCUGGUCAAGAACCCACCGGUUUACCUGGAUAUCCUGGGAUAAAGAGGCCGAGAGGCAACCGGGGAGCGGAAACCAGAGGCUGGGGAGGCAGGAGGUUUGAUUGGAGACUGAAAAGUUCUUUUAAUUCCAUUAGGUUCCUCUUUGUUUAAGAGUCUGCUUUUUCUUUUAUCCAUUAAAACACCAGUAGGAAGUAGCAAUUCCACAGUUCUCCCAGUUGCAGCUUUUCCAGCCUUGAUGCUUGACGAACAGUACAAACAGUUUGGCAGCGACUGUUCUGCUUCAGUUUUGCCCCCCCCCCUUCGACCCCGACCCCGACCCCCACCCCACCCCGACGUCUGUUUAAUUCCCCAGUUGUUCUCUGGAAACCUGUCAAAUGUUUACCUAAGUGCUUAAUGUUUAUCUGAGGUGGGAGCCUGAUGGAGGGACAUGCAUGGGUAAGUGUUGAAGUAACAGUAUAUGGGCUUUACGUUGCUGGGGUGUGAUUUGAGAUGAUAGCUCGUCAGGGAGUUUUGUCCCUGCAGAGGUUUAGGAGCGGAGCUGCGGUACAUUUUAUGCUACUUUAACUCUUCUCCUGACUCUUGUGUUGAAAUGUGAUUAGAAAAAGGAAACGUAUGAUUACAAUGAGUCAUGAGUCAAAAGUGAAAGCCAAUUUACAGAUUUCGGGACAGAAGACAGUCCUUUGUAUAGUACAGUCAAUGAUUUUGGAGACGUUUUGAUACGGGAGGUUGUUUAAAGGCUUUCAGUAAAUGUAUAUAAGCUACGUUGUACAAUCAAAACCUCGAAAGCUUGUUUGUUUCUCACGUGUGAAAUCAAGUGUAUCAUAUGAAUAUUUUUCAAAAGCAAGAACAAAAUGUCAUCUAUUAGCAGUGAAAGUGUUUCCUGAUAUAUUAACUACUGUGUUUACAUUUAAUGCUGUCAGUUUUACUGUCAAAUAUAAUAUGAAUAAAAAUGUACUUCCAAAAAAAAAAAAGAAGAAAAGUUUGACCCGUGGCCCUGCUCGUGAGACGGACUCAGGGGCUUUUUGUACAAAUGUUAAACACGCUACUGUAACAACCUUCAACAAUGAAAGCACUGCAGUGAAACUCAGUACGGGGGACGAAAUGCUGGAGAGGUGACAGACUGAGAUGGUUUCAGAGGUAACAGAUGGAUUAAAGUGAGUGAAACUCCAGGAGCAGAGGGACAGAUGGCUCUGAAACAGAGACUGGAGGUGAGGCCACCACCAUGAAAAAACCAAACCCACAUGGGGCGUUUAGAGGGAGAAAAGACCACUGUGAUGCCUUUAAGUGUAAAUACCGAAUGUACAUACUCUGUAUCAAUGUCUAAAAAAUAUAUAUAUCUUCAUGUAUUGUUACUCCAGCACUUUGUAUAUUCUGCCCUUAAAAAAAUAAACAAACUUGAUAAAAAAUAAAAAAAAAAAAUGUCUGCAGCGUGCGAGGAUCACCCCCACCAUCAGUCAAUCCAUCAUUAUCGUACGCUUCAGAAGGAACAAUGAUUUGGGAUACCGUCUGUACUUAAAGUUAGACAUCUUAACAAGGCUAUUCAAGAGCUUUCUAUUAUUUUGACGAACUAAUCAGCAACCUGCGUCGUCUCUACGGGAUGCUCAGCAGACAGUUAUUGAAAAGGAAUAAUCAAGUUUCAUAUUGCCUUACCGCCGGCCUUCCAACAAACAAACACCCUCCAAAACCAAACCCCUCUCUCUCUCUCUACCACCACCCUCCCUCCAUCACUCUGUAUGCAGAGCGUCUCCAGGGAGUGGUAAUGGAUUGUGAGUAAUGCUAUCAUCCCUUUCUCCGUCUUUCUUUCACUCUACCACCUCUGCUGUACUGGGGGUGGGGGGGUGGAAACACUUGGAGGACUCAUGUCUGGCUUAUUGUUUCUUCUUCUAGCACUCGGAGCCUACAGCCCGGUUGGAUAUGCAAUAUGACUAUAAAUAAGAGCUGGAAAUGAGGCCACUUUUAAAGUGGUACUCCUAUUGGAGCUUCACAGUGGGAAACUUUACUUUUUAAUCUUCCACUUGGUCAUAUAAUGCAAAGGAUAUUGAUUUCUUAUGGUAAUUAUUCCUUCCGAUUCAUUUUGGUCUGUGUUUACUGCUAAUAAUAAAUCACUGUGAACUUUAAUAUUCAUCCUGUGAGGCAGUGAAGACGAUGGCCCAGUAGGAAGAGAGAAGCCCUACACAAAAUGUUCUCACUAUGGAGUCAAAGCCAAAACAGACAAAUCAAAUAGAGUUACAAUGACAAUGACUUGUGUUGGAGGUCAUGGUUAUCUAAUCACAAUUUAAAGUUUAGUAGUACAGCGUUUACUCUUUGAGCUUUGUAGCUUUCAAAUCCAAAGAUGUUUUAGUAAGUUAAACUUCAGUUAGCUCAUUCUGAAAAACUACACUUAAAAAAAUAAAUAAAAUAAAUUCUACAUCUUACAACUAAUUUGACAUUUCCUGCAUCUGAAGAAGACGUCGCGGGAAGAUUUUUGUAGAAUUAAAAUUUCCUGCAGUGAUAUGCCUUUUGUAAUGGUUUUAGCUCAUGAUUUUCACCGUCAUUUCAAGGCUGCCUGAAAAAAGGCAUCUCCUCUGGGAACAAGUGGAACAACCUUAAACCAGUGGUUUUCAAUUUAUGAAAAAGAAAAUCUGCCUUGAAGGCCAAAUAUUGGACUAAAUUUCUUGUUAGACUGACCUUUUUUUUUUUUGCAUUCACCCAGCUGAUCAAUCUUUUGGGAGCCGCACACUGUUGAUGAACAGCAGAUAUAUAGGAGUGCAGAAGGACACGCUGUUGUUGUGCUGCUCUGCCCUCUGCUGGUCACGCACACACACUGCUCAGACUCAGACGUGUUCAAACGAAGAAUCUGCCAACAACAAUACAUAUAUCAUCAAUUUUCUUUCUCCAAAGACAAUAAAUUUGAGAAUUUUGCACAGUUGUAGAUAAUAAACAUGAUUACAAGUUGCAUAUCUUCAUGUGAUAAGCAUGUGUGUAACAGUAGAGCUGCAACAAUUGGUUGAUUUAACAUUUAGUCAAUUGACUGAGUUAAUUGGCAUCAAAUACUUGUUUAAGUACAUUUUUAAAAAAUGCCAAACACUUCCUGGUUCCAGCUUCUUAAACAUCAGGAACUGAUGAGAAACAGAAAAGUUUUGGGUUUUAGACAAAACAACAUUUAAAGAAAUCACAGUUUUUUUUUUCUUUUCUUGGAUCUUAUACACAAACAGUAAAGAAAAUAAUCAUUAUUAACUGAUAAGGAUUACGCAGUAUAUCGUAUAUCGGCCAAAAUUCUGCCAGCUGAAAGAAAUCGGUGUUGAAGUAGUACAAAUGUAAAAUUGCAUCCAAUUCGAUUUCAGACUCUUGAAAUUAUUACAGUGACAGUUAUUACAUUUAUAAAAGGCUUAAUUUAUUACACAGAUCUAGUAGAACAAAGUAGCAAAUUACAAAUUAUACACAGCAAAGAACAAAUAAGUAUGUACACAUUUUAAGAGUAGUUUAUGGUCAUUUCUGUUUUUGCAGAUAAGGAAUAAACAUUAUAUCAAAAGAAAAGUUGCAUAAAAUUUUUUUUUUUUUAAAAAGGCACCAGUAACUCUUUCAAACACAGUUUUUCCUUUUUUUUU